AUGAAAAAGUACCAACUUAUUGGCCGCAAGCUGAACAAUAGAUUCCCCACCAGAAAAGGAGCAAUCAAUUAUCCACCAUUACAUUUAUAUUCUUUACCAUUGGAGAUACUACUACGAAUAUUUCGAUCUUUACACCACAAUGGACAACCGUUAUUACCUGUGGCUCGAGUAUGCAAAAAUUUUUACCAAAUCAUAUGCAAGUACUUUAUAUAUCGACAAAUUAAGUUCAAGACAUCAGUGGAGUUUUUCAAAUUUGCUAAUCAGCAUUUAAAUGGAGAAGUGAGUAAUAAGAUCAACUACCUUGAGAAUGUGACAUUUGUAAACCCUCAGAUUAAAAAAUCAUCAAACCAAAGUAUCAAUAUAGCUGGAAGCUAUGCUGUGGAAUCAAAUAGUCGAACGAUGGACACGUUGAGUUACACCGAGUUUAUUUCAACAUUGGGGAAUUUGUUUAGCCAUGCUUAUGGAUUGAAAUGUGUCCAGUUUACUGAAAUCGCUCCAGAGUUUGCAUUUCCAUUGGAGUUUAAGCAAAAAGCAUCUACGAGUUUGUUCAAGAGGAAAGUGACAAAGAGGAAAAGAAGUCUUGAAAAGUUGGUUCUUAGACCUCAAUCGGGAUGGUCCAUUCCAUUGAAAGAUAUACAUUUGUCACUAUUUUGCGAGUACUUCGACUCAAUUGCGGAGUUGCACUUGAUUGACUUUAUAAUCGAUCAACCUAUAAAUGUUGAUAUCAAAGUGCGGAAGCUAAUUCUCCAAUCAUGCUCGUAUUCGAUAAAGAAAAUUAAAUCACCGAGCCCAUUAUUCAAAGAUGUCUCAGUUUUGGAAUUGCAAGGUCUCACGAGUUCAAUGCAACUCUCCUUAAUCGAUUUAGUGAAGCUUAACAACAAAUUAAAUACAUUAAUUCUUGACUUGAUGUCAAGUGUGUUUUACGCAAAUGGAGAGUUUAAUUUUACCAAAUUCAAUCCAUUUUUCCGUCUUUUAUGUUCAGGAGAAGGAAGUUAUGCAAAUUUAAAAACCCUUGUUUUGAAAAAUUUCGAUUUGUUUAAUUAUCUCAAACAUGAUGAUUUACAUGAAGAUGUUGACUCAUGGAUUGAACCUCCAACGAACAACUUUGAGACAUUUAUGAAGUAUGUCUCUUUUGUCCCUAGUUUGAUUAUAGUUUUGAAGAAGACGCCCGUGAGAGUAAAUACUUGCAAGAAAUGUGGGUUCAAGAAACAACAACUGGAUAAAUUGAUCGAAACUUUAACUCCUCAGGAAUGGGAAAUAUUUUUGAAACGGUUGGAGCUUCAGGAUAACAAAUUAAAGAUUCAACUACAUGACCUGGUGGAUCUAUACACUAUAUCAAAAUACAACUAG